AUGAGCGGCGGCGGCGGAGGAGCGGCGGCGACGCAGGGGCAGCAGGAUCUGCAGCUGCCGCCGGGGUUCCGGUUCCACCCGACGGACGAGGAGCUGGUGAUGCACUACCUCUGCCGGCGCUGCGCCGGCCUGCCCAUCUCCGUGCCCAUCAUCGCCGAGGUCGACCUCUACAAGUUCGACCCAUGGCAGCUCCCAAGUACGUCCUCCAUGCCCCGGCGCAGCAUGCAUGCAUGCAUGCCUAGGAAUGGCGCUGUACGGCGAGAAGGAGUGCCGCUGGCCAUCAAGAAGGCGCUCGUCUUCUACGCCGGCAAGGCCCCCAAGGGCGACAAGACCAACUGGAUCAUGCACGAGUACCGCCUCGCCGACGUCGACCGCUCCGCCCGCAAGAAGAACAGCCUCAGGUUGGAUGACUGGGUGCUGUGCCGGAUCUACAACAAGAAAGGCGCCUCGGAGAGGCCGGGCGCCGAUGCAGUCGGCAGCGCCACUAGCCUUUACCUCUACAUAUGGUGUAGGCGUGCAGCACUUCAGCAUCCAACGCCACUGUCCAGUGGAGCCCAACUCCAUAUCCCCUCGACCCCCCUUCUUGGAUUCUUGCACGGGUACGGCGGCGAGCCGGCGCAAGUCUCUGAACUGGGAUGCAGAGCACAGCGAUGCGCAGCAGCGCGACGCACGAGUACCGCUCCGCGCCGGACUAGCAGCAUGGCAGCACGUGAGUGUAGGGAGACGGGCGCAUACCAAGAAGUGAAUCAUGACCUUGCUAAGAAGGUGAUGAACACACCGAAUAGUCGACAUUCAGGGUCAAUAGCUUCUCAUGAUGGAACCAGUGGCACUUUAGAUUUAAAGAGUCACAUGAGAUCUUGUGGUGCUAGGCAUGCACCAAUAGGCCCAAAGCAACAAAAGUUAAGGUUGCGAAAGGUUGAUGAUGGAAACGCCAAUUUGGAGAAUAUUAUUUUUGAUCAAGAUGUUGCCAGGAAAGAGCUUCCACUAAUGAUUUGUGUUCAUGAGUACCCUCUAUCUAUGGUUGCUCACUUGGGUUUCAGAAUUUUUGUUCAGCAUGACAACCAAUGUUUAGAAUGGUAG